ACUUGACGUUCUCACAUGGCCUUUCUGAACAAGGAAGUACAAAAGUUGCAUAUUUGUGUUCCUUUUUUACUGAAGAGAAUCGUUUGUAGCAGCUUAUAUACUGUUACCAUGUCAUCCUUCACUGGACUUAAACACUGCAAAGUGGCCCUGGCCUUUGCUGUUAUUUUUGACAUUUUUGGCUUUACGUCUCUGUUUUUGGGGCUCUUCGUGCCACUUGAAGUCAAAGGAAGAGAUUUUGGAGACCUGCUUGUCUACACUGGUGCUCUCUUGGUACUGAUAUCACUUGGCGGUUGGGUGAUGUGGUACAGCGGCAACAUUGAGGGCAUGCCAACACAAAAGGAAUUGGGCCGAAUAGGCACUGUUGUGGAUCGUUUGGCUCGCAACCUCAGCAGGAAAAUACACACACACGUCUACAGAGGGCCCUGAAUUUGUUGAACAGCACUGGGUCAUGAUUGACUGUGACAUUGUUUGGUGUCUGUUUUAUUCUUAUUUCUUUUACUUCUUUUAUUUAUCUGUUAUCUCUCUUUUUUUCAUACAAAACUUGAUAAAACAAACAAUUGUGUAGAUCUUUUUUCGUGAUCUGACAUUGAAAAAGACUCCGUAAUUUUUUUGUGCCCAGCUGAUUUUUAUAUGGACAUUCAAAGCAAAAUCAUGUUUUUAUAAAGAUUUGAUAAAUGAGUAUACAAUAGUAGCCUACCUAUAUUUGAUUGUGUUUCUUGCAUUGCUGUACCUUCAAGAGAUAUAUUUAAAAAAGAAAAAAAGAAAAGUCACCCUGGGAAAGAACUGUACUACAAGGAUUGUUACAAGAAGUGCCACUGAGUGUUAAACUUUUAUAUGUAUAUAUAAAUAUAUAUAUAAAAUAUAUAUGUAUAAACAUU